AAUCAACUCCCCUCCUCAUCCUCAUCCUCCUCUUGCUCACUACAUCUAGCGCAUACACAUAGACGACGACGACGACAACGACAGCGACGAGACGGUAGCUUGACCCCGACGCGUACUCCCCAACUUCCGCCCCAGUGACGACACACUGCGCACGGCUCCGCUUCCCUCACGCAGACGCAAGCGCGCAGCACCGCACCGCCCCGACGCGACAUAACAGCAAGUCAUUGUCCACACAUCCUUGCCACCAUCACCCACAUUACGAUGCUCUUUGCGCGCGCACCAGAAAAGGAUCCCCUCGGCGACCUCGACAAGAUGGGCUUCUUCUCAAAGUUCUUCAUCUCGGUCCUGGCCAUCAUCAUCAUGUCGAUGAGCGCGGCGGUUUCGAUUGCGGCGUUUAUGCCCUUCCUAGGAGCGCUAGUAAGGCUGCGAGCAAAUUACAACCCCAAGGCGGUUGGCUUUGCGGGUACAGAGAACACUGUCGGCCCGCGCCUUACCGGCCUGUGGGGCACGCUGAAGCGCACAAAACGUCUUGAGGGCUGGUAUGGCCUGUACAAGGGCGCAUUCGCGUCCUUUGCCCACGUCGUGCUCAUCUCGGCGUUCACAAUCAUCUUCAUCGGCGCGGCGGGCUACAAGAAUGUGGCUGAGCGCAAGGCCUCGUUCGGUCUGUUCCUCUUGCCAUUCGUCACGGCGGCAAUCGCCCUCCCCAUGGCCAUCCUUGAGAACCGUGCCAUCAUCACGCCGUACCGCCUGCCCAACGACCUGCGCGGCUCGCUCGACAUCCUGCUCUCCAACCACGAGCGUGCGCGCCCGCUCAGCCUGUACGCUACGCCCGGCCUCCUCCCUGCCGUGUUCAUUCGCGGCCUGCUGCACCUCCUCGUGGUGCGCGGGCUGCACGCUGCCAUUCUCGGCGGCCAGAAGAUUGGCCAGGCGGCAGCUUGGCGUACGAUUCUGUACGUCUUGUUCCUCGCCAUCUCGACGCUUUGGAUCACGCCGCUCGACGUCAUCAUCACCAAACUUUCGGUUCAACCAAACCUUGGCGGUGAAGUGGCUGUUUCAUCAGCCGAAGAGAUUGAUGAGGCCACUCCCGAGGGUUUGCGGUUUGCCGGCACGGAUGAGGAUGUGAUCGGCUUACGGCCGACAACGGAGGCCUACACGUCGCUUGUGGACGCUGCCCACAAGAUCAACGACGAAGAGGGCUGGCAGACGUUCUACCGCGGUUGGUGGUGGACGGCCCUUGCGGCCGUAGUGCCCUUCCUGGCCACUGGCCACUAGUAGAGACGGUGACGAGACGAGCUAGAUCUGAUCUGGACAGAGAGCCAGACAGACAGGUGUUGAGUUAGUUGGUGGGCACAUAUCCACGCAGCCACAGCCACAGCCUGGCCCACAUUGUUUAUCACUCGCCAUGCUGCGUAGAUGCAUCCGAAACAAGUAUACAACCCCUUUGUCGUGGCCAACGAAGACAGCCUGUGUCGGCGUAGUGGGCACGCAGGUCGAGGUGGGCGAGGAGUUUAAGCGGAGGUGGGCGCGGCAGAGCGGAGCGGCAGCGGCGGCAUGACGCUAGCAG